GGUCUAGAUUUGUUUUUAAUUGCGUUUUUAAUUGCGUUCUGAGAGGCGUUGCAGAUCAGUCAGGCUCUCAAAGGUGUUUUUUUUUUUUUCUUUGAUUCUGUAAAGUCCAUGUUAAACUGUCACUACAAUUAUGAAAACACACUUGAAAGUCACAAUAACUUCCACUAGAGCAUACACCCAAACUCCCGUAGAUGUCUAAGUAAAAGGGUCUUAAUAGAGGAAAACUUUCGAAGACUUAUUUUUCUUUACCAAACUCUCAACGGAAUAUCAACGCAGUAAUUUUUCUCCACUAAAUUUUCUUGAGUAGAGAGCUCUUUAAACAAACAUUAAUAGCAAACUAGUUCACUUCUACCCAAUAUGUUAUAACUUUGUCCAUUUUCCUUCAUAUAAUUAUUCUAGUAAACUACAUUUACAUUUUUUUCACAUUUUUAAGAGUUUUACCCAUAUUUUUCUUGGGGAACUCUUCUGCAUUCAUCAGACCAAUGUUGUGUUUUUAUUUAUAUCGGAGAGAGAGAGAGAGAGAGAGAGAGAGAGAGAGAGAGAGAGAGAGAGAAUUUCCAUCACAGUUAUGUAAGUUAAAAAAAGAAAGGUUUAUCAGCAGUUUAACCUUGUCAUUGUAACCGUGAUGCAUUAACAGCUAUCACAUACCAUGCAGAAAAAAAAAAGUAAAAAUUUUCAAAUUUCGCGGGUUGACAGCUGGUGGUCAGUCAUUGGACGAGGCUGAAGAACAAAAAGAACAAAACACCAUGGCAUUUAAGAGAACACGAGGAAAAGUAGAACAAGAUGCGCCACAAAUGCUAUCUAAGGGUGAAAAAAUUUAUUAUGUUAUAGAUCCAAGGAUAUAACUUCCUUGAAUAGAUUUAACGUGUAAACAGAGAACAGCUGACGUGUGCAGACGAGGAUGGGGCGUCGAGGAAGAAAAGAGGCGUAAAGGCAGCCAGGGAAACAAUAAGGAAGAUCUGGAACAGGAAUCAAUAAGAUCUCUGCUAUGAUUGGUGGAACCGCCGUGUGACGUCACGAUGAUGAGCCAAUCAGCGACAAGAUACAAGGCCACAUGUAUAUCACCGGGAAAAUAGAGAAAAGAAAAGAAAAAAAGAAAAAGGAAGUGACGUUCUGCGAAGAGAAAACAGCAAACGAGGGAAAGUUAUUCGUUUUCUUACUCUAAGGUGACGUUAUUGUGACAAAGAAACCGGAAGAAAGACUGAGGGGUGGAUGGGUGAUGGGGCUGCGCGAGGCGGUGAUGGUGACAGCGGCGGUGUUGCGGGUGGAGGGGGUGGAGGUGGUGGGUGGUGGUGAUGAUGUAGGAAAAGGUACAGUCAAAGAAAACGGGCUGUGGAUGUGUUUUCAGCAACUUAGUUUUAUUGCUUGGGUGAUAAGGAAAGAAAAGAGAGAAGAAAUAAAUGGUUUGCUUUGUUGUCCGGAAGGAUUAAGAAUAUGUAUAAAUAAGAGGAAGAGUGAUAAAGAAUAAGAAUAUAAAAGAAAAUAAGAUACAGGAAUGUUUCACUUGAUUGUUUGCAAAUAUAAAUGUUUACAGAAUAGAAACAGAGAAUGACUGACGAAUUUUAGAGGAAGCGAAAGUAAGUAAAGAAGGAAAAGCAAAGGAGUUAAACAUUUUGCAUAAUACUGACAUAUAAGAAAGAGAAAAAAGAAAAAAAAUAGGACUAAAAUGUAAGAAAGUAAGAGAGAGAAAAAAAGAGGAAAAUAAGAAAACAUUGAUGUCUUUUUAAUAGGAGCUAAACAUGUCUAGAAAAAAAGACCAUUGAGACAUUGAAAAGGCACACUUUGAAAUAAACAAAGAAAUAAUAAAUAAAAACCAAACAACGUACGAAAGAAAAAGAAAAGAAAAAAGCAAAAAAAAAAAAGAUCCAGUAAACAGACUCUCAACAGAACACAGAACAGAGCACGUAGCAAACAAGAAAAAAAAAAAAGAAGCAAAACAAAAACAAGAACAGUACACGCAAAGAAGUGAAUCCAUUACAUUAGAGAGAAGUGGUAAGAGGUUCACCACCAUCACCACCACCACCACCACCACCACCACCACCACCACCACCACCACCACCACCACCACCAAGAAGAGGAAAAGAGUACCAGUUCUCAAGGGAGUCAUAAGCUUCCAGCCCCCCUCUCUCCCUCACCAUGACCUCCCUCACCUCGCCGCUCCUCACCCUGCUCAGCGCACUCUUCUCCCUCACCCUUGGCUACUCCUCCGUCUUGGGUGAGGAGCCGUUCAUCACCUGGGGGCGAGCCAACACAAACACCGCUUACUUCGACGACACAACGCCUACCAACGUGACUGCUGUGGUGGGCCAGCAAGCCAGUCUGCCCUGCCAAGUGCUGAACCUCGAUAAAAAAGAUGUGUCGUGGAUCAGACAGCGGGACCUUCACAUUCUCACCGUGGGCAUCUACACCUACACCAGUGACGACAGAUUCAAGGUGCACCAUCCGGAGGGCAGUGAUGAGUGGUACCUGAAUGUGGACCCUGUUACCUUCCGUGACGCAGGUGUGUACGAGUGUCAGGUGUCCACAAGUCCCAAAAUAUUUCUACCUGUGCUGCUGACGGUGGAAGUGCAGCAGGCGCGCAUCGAGGGUCCCCAGGAGGUGUACAUCCAGAGCGGCUCCACCAUCAAGCUCACCUGCCUGGUCAACACCCACUCAGACAACGUGGGCGCCGUCACGUGGUUCAGGGACGGCCAUGAGCUGGACUAUGACUCCCCCAGGGGCGGCGUGAGCAUCGAGAUCGAGAAGACUCCCAGCAGGACCACUUCCAAGCUCUUCCUAACGCGAGCGGUGAAGGGAGAUUCGGGAAACUACACGUGCGCUCCCAAAUUUGCUGACGCCGCCUCUGUUUUGGUGCACGUGGUCAACGGCGAGGAGUCAGCCGCCGUUCACACCGCAGCAGGAGGAACCAUCACUGCUGACCUGUGGGUGGUGGCCCUACUUCUUAUACUGGCCCUGUGCCCCGCCUUUCCCAGGUGACCUCCCUCCCCCCCAACGGAUGAAGUAGUGUGGAGGAAGACACGCCCCUGCUAAGGCGCCAUUCAUCUGUUCCACCACCACCACCACCAUCAUCACCACCAUCACCACCAUCAGUACCGUCACUACUACUGUUGCUACUACUACUACUGCUACUACUACUACUACUACUACUACUACUACUACUACUACUACUACUACUACUACUACUACUACUACUACUAUCAUUACAUCUUACUCUUAUUGUUGCUGUUCUUUUCUUUUUUACUACUACUACUACUACUACUACUACUACUACUACUACUACUACUACUACUACUACUACUACUACUACUACUACUACUACUACUGCAUCCACUACUACUUUGACCCAUAUAGUGCCUUAUUGACACACACACACACACACACACACACACACACACACACACACACACACACACACACACACACACACACACACACACACACACACACACACACACACACACCUGAAUACAGACA